UCUCAGCUUGAUUUGCUCGGAGUUGUACCGCACGGACGCCCACGGAUGUGGAAGUGAACAAUGUCGAGGCCCAAGGGACUGUUAUGGCUUCCGUUGUUCUUCACCCCGGUCUGCGUCAUGUUGAACUCCAAUGUUCUCCUGUGGAUAACCGCUCUUGCCAUUAAGUUCACGCUCAUUGACGGCCAAGCACAGUACCCAGUGGUCAACACAAAUUAUGGCAAGAUCCGGGGCCUAAGAACACCGUUGCCCAAUGAGAUUUUGGGUCCAGUGGAACAAUACUUGGGCGUCCCCUAUGCCUCUCCUCCUACUGGAGAGAGGCGGUUCCAGCCCCCAGAGCCCCCAUCCUCAUGGACUGGAGUUCGAAAUGCCACCCAGUUCGCGGCUGUGUGCCCCCAGCACCUCGAUGAGAGGUCUUUAUUACAUGAUAUGCUGCCCGUCUGGUUCACUGCUAAUUUGGAUACUUUAAUGACCUACGUUCAGGAUCAGAACGAAGACUGCCUUUACUUGAACAUCUACGUGCCCACAGAGGAUGACAUCCAUGAUCAGAACAGUAAGAAGCCGGUCAUGGUCUAUAUCCACGGCGGAUCCUACAUGGAGGGCACUGGGAACAUGAUAGACGGCAGCGUGCUGGCCAGCUACGGCAACGUCAUCGUGAUCACGAUUAACUACCGACUGGGAAUUCUGGGGUUUCUAAGUACAGGAGACCAGGCGGCUAAAGGCAACUACGGGCUCCUGGAUCAGAUCCAGGCGCUACGGUGGAUUGAAGAGAACGUCGGGGCCUUCGGCGGGGAUCCCAAGCGAGUGACCAUCUUCGGCUCAGGCGCGGGGGCGUCGUGCGUCAGCCUGUUGACCUUGUCGCACUAUUCAGAAGGUCUGUUCCAGAAGGCGAUCAUCCAGAGCGGGACCGCCCUGUCCAGCUGGGCAGUGAACUACCAGCCUGCCAAGUACACGCGGAUAUUGGCAGAUAAAGUCGGCUGCAACAUGCUAGACACCACGGACAUGGUGGAAUGCCUUCGGAAUAAGAACUACAAAGAGCUCAUUCAGCAGACCAUCACCCCGGCCACGUACCACAUUUCCUUUGGCCCCGUCAUCGACGGGGACGUCAUCCCAGAUGACCCGCAGAUCCUGAUGGAGCAGGGGGAGUUCCUCAAUUACGACAUCAUGCUUGGUGUCAACCAGGGGGAAGGCUUGAAGUUUGUCGACGGCAUCGUGGACAACGAAGAUGGCGUGACGCCCAACGACUUUGACUUCUCCGUGUCCAACUUUGUGGACAACCUUUACGGCUACCCAGAGGGGAAGGACACUUUGCGAGAAACCAUCAAGUUCAUGUACACGGACUGGGCAGACAAGGAAAACCCCGAGACGCGGCGCAAGACUCUGGUGGCUCUGUUCACCGAUCACCAGUGGGUGGCCCCCGCGGUGGCCACAGCGGACCUUCACGCUCAGUACGGCUCCCCAACUUACUUCUACGCCUUCUACCACCACUGCCAGAGUGAGAUGAAGCCCAGCUGGGCGGACUCAGCCCACGGCGAUGAAGUCCCCUACGUCUUUGGGAUCCCCAUGAUUGGCCCUACGGAGCUCUUCAGUUGUAACUUCUCUAAGAACGAUGUCAUGCUCAGCGCUGUGGUCAUGACCUACUGGACCAACUUCGCCAAAACCGGCGACCCAAAUCAGCCUGUUCCUCAGGACACCAAGUUCAUUCAUACAAAACCCAAUCGCUUUGAGGAAGUGGCCUGGUCCAAGUAUAACCCCAAAGACCAGCUCUAUCUACAUAUCGGCCUAAAGCCCAGAGUGAGGGACCACUACCGAGCUACCAAGGUGGCUUUCUGGCUGGAAUUGGUUCCCCACCUGCACAACCUGAAUGAGAUAUUCCAGUACGUGUCAACAACCACAAAGGUCCCGCCUCCCGACAUGACCUCCUUCCCCUACGGAACCCGGCGGUCUCCCGCCAAGAUAUGGCCCACGACCAAACGCCCAGCCAUCACCCCCGCCAACAACCCCAAACACUCCAAGGACCCUCAUAAGACAGGGCCCGAGGACACAACCGUCCUCAUCGAAACCAAACGAGAUUAUUCCACCGAGCUGAGCGUCACCAUCGCCGUGGGGGCCUCCCUGCUCUUCCUCAACAUUCUGGCAUUCGCGGCUCUGUACUACAAGAAGGACAAGAGGCGCCACGAGACACACAGGCGCCCCAGCCCCCAGAGGAACACCACAAACGACAUCGCUCACAUCCAGAACGAAGAGAUCAUGUCACUGCAGAUGAAGCAGCUGGAGCACGACCACGAGUGUGAGUCCCUUCAGGCCCACGACACGCUGAGGCUCACGUGUCCUCCAGACUACACCCUGACGCUGCGCCGGUCUCCGGACGACAUCCCGCUCAUGACACCAAACACCAUCACCAUGAUCCCAAACACACUGACGGGCAUGCAGCCUUUGCACACAUUCAACACGUUCAGCGGAGGACAAAACAGUACCAACCUCCCCCACGGACACUCGACCACUAGAGUAUAGCUUUGCAGUUCCUUUCCGCUCCAUCUGCUCCUCCCCGCUGGAGAGAGGGAGGGAGAGAGAAGCGACCUGUGCCCACCAGGCGGGUGGGUCAUCCCACUGACAGAGGACAAAAACGAAGAGCGGGGCGCCAUCUUGUCCCUGCCGACACAUCCCAUUGGCAUUUCGCAGUACGACGAGAUCCACUUAUGACCCUAUGAAAUGUGAAAAAGUAUCCAUUGCUGUUACAAUACUGCUUUAACAUCUCCAGCUCUCCCGAGGACGCUUAGCUUGGCUGGGACAUCACCAUCUCCAGGACUUGGAUGCAUCCCGUGUUCACAGUACAGGCCGACACUUUGGGAACCCAGCCAGGGACGCUUAAAAAAAUUUUUUUUUAAUUAACCAUUGAAAACAAAAAAAGUUCUUUACGUGCCAUACGACGGAUGGCUCAACUUAAGGGAAGGAAGAGUCUGUGGGCUUUGACCCAGCGCAUGGAGCUGUAAUCCAGACAGAAGGAAAAGUAGAAUUGUUAUUACUACAAGAGCCGACUAUGCAGUAACACACGUAUAGUUCU